UUUGACAAUUUUGAUUUGACAUCUUUUUCAUUUUCGUUCAGUGCUCGAUUCGCUGCUGCUGUCUUUUCCAUAUUCGUGUUUAGUGUCGUAAACACCUAAUUUAUAAUGACGUCGAAAGUUUCACGAGACACAUUGUAUGAAUGUGUCAACUCGGUGUUGGACCAUUCUAAGGAAAAGAAGAGAAACUUCCUGGAAACGGUGGAAAUCCAAAUAGGACUGAAGAAUUAUGAUCCCCAAAAGGACAAGCGUUUCAGCGGAACCGUCAAACUAAAACAUAUCCCUCGACCAAAAAUGCAAGUAUGUGUCUUGGGUGAUCAACAGCAUUGUGACGAAGCCAAAGCCAGUAAUAUCCCUUACAUGGAUGUAGAAGCUUUAAAGAAGUUGAACAAGAAUAAGAAACUUGUUAAGAAACUCGCCAAGAAAUAUGAUGCCUUCCUUGCAUCCGAAGCUCUUAUCAAACAGAUUCCCCGUCUUUUGGGUCCUGGUCUUAACAAAGCUGGAAAGUUCCCUGGUCUCCUCUCUCACCAGGAAUCUAUGACACAGAAGAUUGACGAGGUUAAAGCUACAAUCAAGUUCCAGAUGAAGAAGGUGUUGUGUCUUUCUGUUGCCGUGGGUCAUGUAGACAUGACUUCUGAUGAGUUAGUCCAAAAUGUUCAUCUUGCGGUAAACUUUUUGGUUUCCCUUUUGAAGAAACAUUGGCAGAACGUCAGGUCUCUUCAUGUAAAAUCGUCAAUGGGACCUCCACAGAGAUUGUAUUAAUUUUUUUUAUAAGUUUACUUACAUACCUUGUAUGCAUUGAGAAUAAAAAAAUAAGAUAACA